AUAUUGUAUAAAAGGUGCGAAGGAAGCUCGAACGUUAUCAUUCGCUCCAGCUAGCUCAAGUAUUCAAGUCAACUAUAACCUAUAGCUUCCAGCUUUUCAUCAAUAUUGUAGAAAUGGAGUCUUUCAAGAAAACUCUGGCCGCCCUCCUCCUGGUCUCACUGCUAGCAGCAGCGACCGCCUUCCCACGCGCUGACCCGCCUCCAGCCGGAGGGGACUCAGGAUCAUCCGGAUCCUCAGGAUCAUCCUCCUCAUCAGGAUCCUCAGGAGGAUCAGGAGGCGAGUGCAGCCAGAAGAAGGUGUGCACAGGCUCGCUGGCCAAGAUCGACAUCAAUGCCAGGAUUGGCACCGGAAUCUGUCUGCUCGACUCACUCACCAAGAAGCUGCUCUUCUUCAAGAACCGCUGUGCCAGCAAAGUGGCUCAGUGCAGCAACAAGUCCACCAAAUACACUGAAGUCGACAGCAACAAGUGUGGAGCAUGAUAUGGAUAUCAAGAAAAAAUAAUAAAGGAAUGGAGAAAUUAAUGUGAUGUGGAAAUAAAAAUGAAUAAAAGCGUUUGAAAACUAUA